GUGAAAACACGCAGCACGGAUCGUAGAAUGGCACUGUCUUAUCUGCAGGAGGCGCAAAUUAACGCAGGACUCUUGGCCGGCCAGCACCUUGACAUGAAGCAAGAAGCCGAGAAGCAGCCGGUCUCACCGCCAUUAAACAACAACACGUCGCAAGUAAUGUUUCCCGGGAUGGGCAGCGCCACGGCGGGCUUGUCUAUGCUCACCCCGCAGCAACUGCUAGCAGCUAGCAGAGCUGCGGCCUUGAUGGCUGCAGGAAUUCCUGUGUCGUUGCACGCAACGUUGGCGGCGAGUCCGUCGCUUUACGGACAUCAUCAAACUCUGUUCGAGGGUUGGGCACCACCCACAGCAUCCUCGCCACCGUCGCCUCUUCAUCAUUCGCCGGGGCCAGUCUCGCCGGCGUUGAGCACCAAGUCCACUUCGCGACGAGCCAACAACGCUGUGACCAAUAACAAUAACAAUAACGUGGUGAGCAGCAGCGGAGAUAGAAUCACGAAGAAAGGUCAGACGACCAAGAGGAAGACACAGAAAUCGAAGCCGGACAGCGUGCAAGUGUCGGUCGAGGGUGGUACGGAUCCACUCAGUCCACCCACUUCGGUCAGCCCCGAAGCGGGCAAAGACGGGAGGGAUAAGGUCUUCACCUGUGGAGUGUGCUCGAGAUCGUUCGGCUACAAGCACGUGUUACAGAAUCACGAACGCACUCACACCGGGGAGAAACCGUUCGAGUGUCCGGAAUGUCACAAAAGAUUCACACGGGACCACCAUCUAAAGACCCACAUGCGACUGCAUACCGGCGAGAAGCCUUACCACUGCAGCCACUGCGACCGUCAGUUCGUGCAAGUAGCGAAUCUUCGUCGCCACUUGCGCGUGCACACGGGCGAGCGUCCGUACGCGUGCGAGUUGUGCGCAGCGAAGUUCAGUGAUUCUAAUCAGCUGAAGGCUCAUCUGUUGAUACACAAGGGCGAGAAACCGUUCGAAUGCGAGCAUUGCCAGAUGCGGUUCAGACGGAGGCACCACCUGAUGCAUCACAAGUGCGGCACCGGCAUGAACGCCACUGGGCAAAUCCCGAGAUCGCAGGUCACGUCUCCGUCGCUGGCGAGCGACUACUUGGACGAGGACAUGGACAUCGACAUCGACGUGGAGAUGGACGAGCCGGAAGCUACGCCCCUGAUCGCCAGAAAAUCGAACAAUCCGGUAAGACCGGCCCACCGUCGGCUACCGAGUCCCGUCGUCAGCGCCUCGAUGCCGUUGCCGUUGAACCUUUCCGGUAUCCCUGUAGAUCUACCGGAGCAAACGGAACCGGAAGAUCUGUCCAUGUCCACGGAUAACCACAGGCCACACUCGAACGGCAGCAGUGCCUCGACGAUGAGUCGCGGCAACGAUCGACAUACGAUUUCGUAGUAUGAUCGCCGAGCGAGAUCACAUCCUACUUCCUGUACGCUUUACGUUUCUUUCUAGUAGGCGCUUCGUGUCGCGUGGAACGACGUGGACACUCUUUGAUUUUCAAAUGUAUAAUUUAUUCGAGCGACACGAAACGCGCGGUGUUACAAGCUUCGUUCUUAUUGUGGGAUCCGUGGAAAAUAGGGGUCAGGCGCGCACCGGAAAUCGUAGAUACGAUCGCAGCUCGUAGCCGGUUGCCCGCUGUCGUCCUUAGUUCCACGGACCUUCUUACUCGAUAUGGAGCUCCCGAUCCCACUUAAUAUAUAUCUAUGAACAGUGGAGAACAAUAGUGACUGUGAACCGGUGCGAUGGAUUUAUUUAUCGGAUUUCGUCCGAAACGUACUGGAACAGUUCUCCAUCGUAUCCCUUUUUUUCCUCGCGCGAAAGUACAAGGUAUAGUGUUUGUUAUAGCGAUUCUGCAGGUGAUUUCGGAUCGGUGCAACAAGUUCCGGAUUUAACCGCUUGUCACACACGCCUGCUUCGCGCCAUUUUCUGUUGUUAAGUCACGCUUCACAAGGUACCGUUCAUUUCUUGUUAUCAAACUUCAUGUCAGUUCCUCGAGGGACUUCCCUCCGAACAGUUGUACAGACAUUAUCGAGAUAAUGUGCAAGAAUAAGAGUCGUGGAAAAUAGGAAUAGCAAGGUAGCCGGCUACAUUAAUCCACCUAUAACUCGAGUUUUCAAUUAUUUGUUUUUACGACGUUGCAUAUCAAGAUUCAACAAUCCCGUAAUCUUCAAACUUAGCAUUGUCAUGCUAUUUUUAAGAAGGUUAUGGUUUUGUAAAUAGUGUGUGCAUCGAGACAGAUGCACAAAGUGUCGAUGAUUUUUAGAAGAUCAUCUUAGAAAGUCGGUUGUCAGAGUAAUAAAUGAAUUUUCAAAUGAUUAUAUCAAAGUACGAGUUUAGAAUAUAGAUCUAGUUUCCGUGAUUGAAAGAAGGGUUAAGAAACGACGUCUCUAUGUUCGCAUUCUGUUUCCAAUUUUUGUUCGCACCAUACGCCAGCCGGAUGAUCCAAGAUCUCGAAAGCUUGAUUUGCAUUCGUCCUUCGCAGAAACCAGUACCAUAUAACGAUCUUUGAAUAGGAGAGAAACGAGGGCAAUUUAGGGCCCCGAGCGUUCAGAAUAUUUUGCGCAAAAUGUAGUCGAAGAAACUUUUCUGUUCUUUCAAACAUAACAAUUCGAUUACCAGAAUCAUUGUUUUAUAUAAAAUAUUCAUUCGUAAAAGAUAGUUGAAAACUAACUGGAUCUAUUUAGUUAACGUUUCAACUGCGAUAGUGAUUUUAUUUAAAACAAAGCAACUGAACAUGGCAGUGAACGUUAAUUUUUGAAGGAAUACGUGCUAUAUGAGCGUCGGAUAAUUCAUAACAAUAGAAGAUAGGUAAAGGCAGAACCACAGGUGGUGUCAUUCUUUUUUCGCUUAUUCUAAUGUAUAAUCAGAACCAUCUUCAGGUUCUCCGAUUUCCGUCUUUUUUCUGACGAACAGCCGGUUCAUAGGAUCCUACAGAUCCUUUUUUCCUAGACCUGCCCGGCGGGCGUCUGUUUCGCGCGAACCAGUUUUCGCAAUGAUAUACCCGCGUGCCGAAAAUUCGCAGCCGGUGGUCAACAGUUGACUUUCUCUGUUCUCGGCGCGUCUUUCAAUGCUCCUCUGAUUUAUGUCUGGUCCUGAGCAUGCAAAUUUCAUUCGUGAAGCCGCUUCGAGGCCAUCUCGGCUCAUUGUUCCAUGGGUCAGUCCAUGGGACGUCAUUCACCUCCCUCUUCCGGGUCCCCAUUUGCUAUUCCGCACCCUGAACAUCCAGUAAAAGGAGCACCUUCGAAAUAUGACCCAACGUUUCUCGAAAUAGCCCAGAUUUGCAUUGCUCGACUAAAUUGUACUCCGGCUCUCUGAAUCCUGCAGACAAAAAUAUUUUAACCCCGUUUUUUUUAAACUGCCAUUUUACGCGCACCAGAUUUUUUAUUCUCCGCUGUAAAAUUUACAUUUAUUCAUUCCUCGAUAUAAAUAAGAAAAGAAUUUUAACAAUUUGUGAUUUGAAAAGUAAGACUUGUAAAAACUGUAAGUUCUCAUUUUUGAAAAAGUAACAUUUUACAUAUUAGGGUAAUAAAAUGUUAGAAUAAAAUUUUUACAUUUAAACUCGAAAAUUUCAUUUAACUUCUCUUACUGACGGUAAGAGAAUUGUAUCGAUGUAAAGUUGGAACGUCGAGCACGAUUGUUCGUCUCGAAGUGAAAAGCUGGUUCGAAACAGACCGUCCCGCUGUGUUACACUUUCGCCACAUUCUUUCGGAAAGUCCCUCAUCCGCAGUUUUCGCUCGUUAUUCAAGCUUUCGAGAAGCAAUUUUACAGACCCCCGUUUUCCCCCUCCUGACUCACCCUUAUAUACACGUGUUAGAGUAGAUCUCUCGUUGCAACGAAACGUUGCGAUUUCUCGUCACGCCUGUUCUCCCUCUGUUUCGGAAAAAAGAUGCUCCUUUUUCCACACUUUCUCGACUUUGAUAUUGACCGGUAUGACUGAGGUCAGCGGGCCUCGACCUCGCAGAAAGAGCACUCUGGUGCACAGUGUACAUAUGUAAGAUGAGAUUUUUUUUAGGGUAAUUUAAAUGUUAAUCGUAUUUAAAGAUCGAUGUAUUCGUUUUGUUCGCAAAUUUUUUAAAUUUUCUUUCGUCCAAUUCUUGUUUUCUCGUGACGGAAAUAUUGUCAAUGCCAGGAACAUUACAGCGUCGCGAUACAUAACGUGUUAUCGAUUAGAUUAGUACAUUUGUGCUUCAGGCUGAAGACUAUAGUAGACUAUUUAAAAACGGUAUUUAAAAGUUCCUCAUAGUUUGAAUUUUGUCCUAUUCCUAUUUUAUUCAAACGGCUAAAUGUAGAAUAUGUCUAUUUCACACGCGAUGUGAAGUCUGUUGGAACGCUGUUAUACUUUGGCGGUUAUUCUUUUGUUGUAAUUUUGUUUUUGGUAAAGUAAGAUAUUUCGAACAACACUUCGUGAAGUUCUGAAACAUACUUUUGGAAAUCUCUUGCAAAACUUAUACCUUAAGUUUCGAUUAAUUUAAACUUCGCCAAAAGAGGACUAUAAUUUGAGUACCUGUUCAAAGUAGAGAUCUCCAAAAAUAUGCACCAAGCGAUAUACAGGUCACAAUUUUACGAAGUAUUGUUUCAAAUUGUACAGCGAUUGUACAGAGUGUUAUCCGUUACGAAAUGAUUUCACAGUUGAGUUCAUAAAUGAAACAGUUUCGUAAAUACAAAGAAUAGCAAGACACCUAUGUAGUUGCCAUAAACCGUCAAAGUGUUGAUCAGUAAUCCUCUCGAAUCGGUGCCAUAGUUGUCCUUUAUGUAUAAUCGUUGAAGUACAUAUUUAUACUCGUCAGAAAUUCACACGACAGUUCACUAUUUUUCUUUCGCGUGCGUUACACACGCGAUGAAUUGUACAAAUGAACACGGAAUUAGUUGGAAAAGUUUUUCAUCGUAUAAAUUCUUUUUAUAUGGAGAAUACGCGUGUAUAUACGAUCGGGAUCUCCAUAGCCCAACAAUUAAGAGGAAUCGUGGGAUAACGGACUGGCGGUGGCGUAGUGGACAACUGUAGCCGGCUAUAUAACGCGAGAGUGCAGGGUUUCGGUGCCGGGCCACAGUCCAUAUUUUUCACAAAUUCCUACGUGUAUACAUAUAAGUGUUAUAUGUUUGUGUCAAAUUAUAACGUUGUACGAAUAUGUAAACGGAGCUGGGGAACGGGUGCGGAGAACAACGCCGUUUUACCGUCGAACUUUCAUUUUCAACGGUGUACUGAUGACUCUCGUUAUAUUGCAAGUCUUUAGAUUUUUAGUCUUGAAAAUUAGGUUG